GCUCUGAGCUCUCCCUGGAGCCUUCUCCUCUCCAGGUGAUCUCCCCAGCCGUGUCAGUGAGCACAGAUCGCUGUUUUGGGUGCAUUUUUACACAACUCCGCGUUUUUCCCACGCCUGUGUUCCGGCCCGCAGCCCCAGGCUGCCCCACAGGCGGCGAUGCUCCAGCCCCGCUGCGCCCACACCAGCGGGGAGCGGGGCCCAGGCCGUGCCCGGAUCCCUCCCGGAGCCCUCUGCACGUCCCCGGCUCUGCCCCUUCCCUUCCCCGCCCGGCUGCGGCUUCCGGGCGGCCGCGGCCCCGCCCCGGCAGCGCGGCCUGUGCGGAGCGGCCGCGGCCAGGCUCGGCUGAGGGCAGGUGGAGCCUUUUCUUCCACGAUGGCAUCGAGGCUCAUUCCAAAGGUGAAUUCCGGCCAGGGAGGAUCUCCAUGCAAGGAGCAGCUGGUGGCUCUGCUGAGCCCCGUGGGGAGGAUCGAGAUCUCGGGGUGUGAGACGGGCGUGCACGAAAUCAAACUGCCCAAACCCAGCGAGCUGCCAGGGGGCAGGGCAGAGUCCUGGGCGGCGUGCGAGGUGUGCGAGGGGCCCGAGGAGCCGCCGCAGCCGCUGCAGCAGUGCACGGCCUGGCUCCGCGCCUACUUCUGUGAGCCCGCGGCCACGGGGGCCCUGCCCGUGCCAGCCCUGCACCACCCCCUGCUCCAGAGAGAUUCCUUCACCAGGCGGGUGCUGUGGACGCUGCAGAGGGAUGUGAAGUUCGGGGAGGCUGUGUCCUACAAGCAGCUGGCGGAUCUGGCUGGCAACAGCCGGGCAGCCCGAGCCGUGGGGGGAGCCAUGAGGAGCAACCCGGUGCCCAUCCUCAUCCUGGCGGGUUUGGGGUGUUUUGCAGGUGCCCAUCCUCAUCCCGUGCCACAGGGUGAUCCGCAGCAGCGGCGACAGCGGCAGCUACGGCGGGGGCCAGCGGCUGAAGGAGUGGCUGCUGUCCCACGAGAGGCGGCACAGGGAGAAGCUGGCGGGCCACUAACACAGCCACAGCCCGGGCCCCAAACGAGCCCUCAGAGCACCCAGCACUACUGGGGAAAACGGUAAAUAUUUGAGUGACACGUAAAUAUAAUGCAACAUCCAAAGUGAAAUGCGCGGUGGCACCGCUGUAUUAAAAAAGCGGGCUGUGUCCUGGGGGAGGCAGCUCGGCUGCCCUUUCUUGUUUUUACAUUUUACAGCAGAAUGGCUACAGCGAUCCAGGCCUGUUGUGCAUGGGUUUUGUUCCCAUCUCCAGCCCUGUCUUGUUCUAUUUUUAAUGUCCAUUAAAGCAGGGAUAAGGGAGCGGGAGGGACGUGGCAAAUGGGAGGUGGAAGCUUCCCCUGAGGAGGCGCCUGGCUCUGCCCAGCUCCCCCUGCCCAGUUUGGGGCAUUAAACCUGGUUUUACCUGAGCAGGAGUUGAGGGAGCACAGUGAGAUCUGUGCAAAAGCAGGCAGCUCUUGAAUUCCUUACUCCUGCCUUUUCUUUUUUUGUGGGGAGAUGGGAUUUUUUUUUCCUUUUGCGUAGAGUGGGGAAGGGAUGUUGCUGAGAAAUUGUAUAUUUUGGAUAAGCAGUUUGAUUAGCCAAAUUUGGCAAAAUACUGUAAAGCUCGUCGUAGUUGCUUCCUUAUCAGCAACACAUUCCUUUAUCAUUUCAGUUUUCCUUCAGAUUUUCACGUUUCUCUGUUAUCCAAAGCUUUAUUUCCUGUAGCCUCUCCAUUGGAAGGAUUCAAGAGACAUUAAAGCUAAAUUUUGAGGUGGUUUUAGCAGGGUUCUCUGCGAGUACGAGCCACCAGAAGCUGAAAUUUCCAGUAUGGGAAUCGUAAAUUGUAACAUGGAAAUACUGAUUUUUUUAUGUGUUUUGUCAUAUUUUCAUGGAUGUCUCUUUAGAAAGGCCAUUGCUGCCCCCCAAAAAUUAUUGUGUGGCAAUGCGUUAGUUAAUCCAGGAUUAUUGAUACCUCGGAAUUACUUCAAUAAAAAAACUGCUUUGCA